GCGGGGCCAGGACUGUUGACGUGUUUCUUGAUCUCAGAGUGCAGGGUCAGGGCAGCUCUAUCUGCCCCUGUGCUGGGGAGGCUACAGACAGCAGGGUAUGGGGUUUGUACCCAGCCUGCCUCUCUGGGGACACACACAGAACUGCCUGGGGCCGUGUAAAGUGUGGCACUAUUGUCCAGAUGGAGUCCUGCACAGUGUUACCCAUCGCUGUCUAAACUCACAGUAACUGCUCAGCGUCUCUCAGCACUGCAAUAAUUACUACAGACUGCUGCCUCCAUCACCAUCGUCCACACAGCAGACUAUUCCUCCAGCAAGGUGCAGUACUGCAGAGUGUCACUCCUUUACUUCAGUAUCUUGCAGACUUGCAGAGCAUUGCACGAUUUCCACAUUCUGAACCCCAUGGAACAUUCCUUCAACUUUCUUUAUAAUCUAGAACUACAGACUAUUGCACCUGAUUAUCACUAACCAGAGACCUUCCUCGUCAUCCCCAGAAGCCUCAUUAUUACUCAAAGACCUGCAGAGCUUUGCAUCUUUCUCAUCACCUCCUCGUGGCCUAGGAAGCAGUACACUUUUUUUCCCCCCAGCAACUGGUGUGCAGAUCAUUUAACGAAUUAUAGCAGCAGGAAGACUUGUGAUACAAACUCUGUUUUAGAUAUAGGUGUUUUAUGCACGCAUUAAAGAUGGAGGACAGCUUGUUGUUCAUUUAUAUUGUGGCAGCCUGUAGUUUUACUGGAUUUCAAAUCUUCUUCUCUGUGAUUAGCCCCCAAAUCUCAGCCAUGUUAUCCACAACCUACCCACAGCUCAGCAAUGCAAAGCAGUGUGAGUGGGAUUCCAGGUGUGUUUCCACAGUCCAUGCAUUCGUUGUGGGGUCAUUCUGUCUGUACAUCUUGGCCUUUGAUGAUGCUGUGAACUCUGAUCCGAUAUGGGGAGAUCCUUUCCAAGUGAAGUUGAAUGUUGCGAUCACAUGUGGAUACCUAAUUUAUGACUUGGUACUACUUGCUCGUUUCUGGAAAGUGAUGAGAGAUCCUUAUAUCGUUUGUCACCACAUGGCGGUGCUCUACGCAUACGGAUAUGUUCUGAAUCGGGGCGUUCUGCCAUAUUUUGCCAACUUUCGACUGAUUUCGGAGCUUUCCACACCAUUUGUGAACCAGAGGUGGUUCUUUGAUGCAGUAGGGAUGCCACGUUCCUCAUGGAUGGUCCUGUUAAAUGGCUUUGCCAUGGCUGCUGUCUUUUUCGUGGUCCGGAUCGCUGUAAUUCCCAGCUACUACUCUCAAGUCUUUGCUACGUUUGGCACAGAGGGUUACAUUAGACUAGGUAUUGGACCACAGGUGGCCUGGAUUGUGUCUUGCGUAAUACUGGACAUCCUCAAUGUAUUUUGGAUGUACAAGAUCGCCCGUGGUUUUUAUCGUGUUGUGAAAUCCAAGCCUGAAGGAAAGCCUAAGAGAAACCACGCCGACUGAGCUCAUGGAGAAACUUUCCUCAUCCUGGCCACAUCAGGUUGUUGUUGCGUGGCUGGACCACAUGGUUUCAAAGAGUUUUUACAUGGCGGAAGUAAAACUUUCAGGGAUUGGCCACUAUCAAUCUUCUGAGGCCUCGUGAAGAUAACAUGUAUCAUACCAGUGCUGCACUGAAUACACCAAUCAUUCUAUAUAGGCAAUCACUCACAGAGGUCUACUGGAGAUGUUACAAGAUGGACCUUGUCCGUCAAAUGCAAGCAGCACUCCUUAUACUUAUACUGUGACUCAAUUUCCGGUUUUAUUAAGUAGGAGGUAAAAUUAUAAACAUAGAUUGCAGCAGAGAUAAAGGUAAAGAAAUGGGAAGGGACCAACAAUGAUUGGAGUAGCCUUUAAAACUUCUCAUGUAAGCUAAUGUAGACUACAAGUCUCCUGAUGCUCCGUCAACCAUGAGCCAUGGGCUAUGUCCAAUGGCUAUAUGAAAGAGCCAUGCUGUAUGUGAAAGCCAUUUAUCAGAGAAUUAUGGUCUGCAACAGCUUGCAUGCUGGAGUAUAUCUAUAACUAAUGAAUGUCUACAGUAUGUGGAUUUUGGAAGUACCGUAGAUAAAGACAUAUACAACAAAAUGGUCAAAUGAAAAGGCAGGGUAAAGGGAAAUAUUGCCAUAAAGAGAGGUAGGAUAAAGGAGUAUAAUAAAUAAAUAUAACAAGUGCCUUUUGGUAAUUUCGGGCCUGUGGGUUCGAGGAACCCUGGUAAGUUAUUUUAUAUAAAUGAUGGCUUACUUUGGCACAGUAUAUAUUUUGGAAUCACAUUUCCCAUGAUGCACAGACCCCCCAUAAAAGUUGGCUAAGCAUUGUUGGAAAUGUAGUCCACAAACCUAAUCCUAUACACUGAUUUCCUAAUGUUAACACUUUCUCGUGAUUAAAUACAAAAUUUAUUUUUUAAAUAAAGCCCUUUAUCUUACGUA